UCAUAUUUUCAAUUAUAUUUUUUGUAAAAUAAGUGUAAAAUUUCAAUUAAAAAUGACCCGUACAAUCACACAAGAAACUUUUGAUAAUGCUGUUCAUGAAAAUGUCGAAUUAUUUGAUAUGAAUAUUGAAGAUGCUAUUCAAGAAACGGUUCAACAAUUUGAGAAACAAGGUGUUAGUUUGGAUAAUAUAAUAAAAGAUCUUCAAUUGUCAGACACAAGUAAAAAAUAUGAUACACUUCUUGAAAAAAUAUCAGAAUUAAAAACGCUAUCACAAGAUCCAAUAAAUAUUAAUGACGACGAAUGUAUAAUCAUAUUAGAUUUCGUUACUGAAGAAUGUAAAAAAGAUAUUGCUUAUCGUCUUGUUUGUGGAAAAGAGCAAUUAUAUCCUGCAUUAUUGAGAUUACUAAAUAAAUGUAAAAUUACUAGAACAGUUAUAACUCUUAAAACAUUAAUUGCAAUGAUGACUGGUUACCCGGACUUAUUAGACGAGACCGGAAUUAAUUUUAUGAUGGAAUUGUUACAUCAAACUGAUGAUGAAGUUCGAAGAUAUACUCUAAAAUGGAUAGCGAUUUGUUGUGUUAAACAUGAACGUAAUCGACAGAAUAUAUUUGAUAAAGGCGUAUUAAAUCAUUUGAAAUCUAUGAUUCAAAAUACGAAAUUAAAUAAUGAUUUUCUAAUUAAAGAAAUGUGUGCUGUUUGUCGUGCGUUGGUUUUAGAUGAUGAUGUAAGAGUUGAAUUUGGUCAUGCACAUGAACAUGCUAAAGCUAUUGCUUCAGAUAUUUUAUGUCCGUUAAUGAAAUUACUUGAAGCUCAUAAGAAAAAUGAAUCAAUCGUUGGAGAUUUGUUAAUUACAUUAUCUUCGUUACUGGUUCGAACCGAAUAUUGUAAACAAGUUCAAGAUACUGGUGGCAUUGAAUUUAUAUGCGAGGCCAUGCUGACAUUUGUGGAUAAGGACAAUAUAAUUCGAAAAGGUUUAAUAUUGUUGAAGACGUUAGCCGGAAAUGAUGAUUGCAAAUAUACCAUUAUUUCUAAAGGAGCCGCACCAAUUAUUGCUGCUUCUAUGGAAAAACAUAAGAAAAAUGAGAAUUUAAUUGGUAUAGGAUUAGCUUGUAUUGCAGCUCUUACUCUUCGAGCCCCAGAAAAUAGUGAAGAAUUUUACAGAAUUGGAAUUCCAGAUUUAAUUGUUGAAUGUCUCAAAUUACAUUCGGACAAUGUUGCAGUACAGAAACAUGGAAGUUGGGCUAUUAGAAAUAUGGUGAGUCGAAAUAAAGAACAAUGCAAAUAUUUUAUAUCUAUUGGUGCUGAACAAGAAUUAAAUAAAGCUCUAUUAAAAUUUGCAAAUAAAUGUGAGUACGAUAUAAAAUCUGCAUUACGUGAUUUGGGUUGCAAUGUACAAUUGCGUGAAGAAUGGACUGGAAAAGGUGGUAAAUUACAAACAGACGAAGGACAACAUCGUGAUUUCAACGAUGCAUAAAAUAAUAUCUAAUAUAUAAUAUUUUUUUAAAAAAACGUAUUUAUU